UCGGGCAAGACCUUCACCAUGGAGGGCCCCGGCGGAGACCCGGGCGUCACGCCGCGCGCCGUCGAGCGCCUCUUCGCUCACGCGGCGGAGCUGUCGGCGCUCGGCUCCUCCUUCGAGUUUGAGGUGUCGUGCCUCGAGGUCUACAACGAGGAGGUGCGCGACCUACUCGCGCCGCCGCCAAAGGGCGCCGAGCCUCGCCGAGCCCGAGCUGCAGGGAAGAAUCGUCCGAGAUUUGUAGGCCUCAAGUCGACGCGCGUCGCGACGGCGGAGGAGGUGGCGCCGCUGCUCGCCGCUGCGCAGCGCGUGCGCUCGACGGCGAGCACAAAGAUGAACGACCGCUCUUCGCGCUCGCACUAUGUCUUCCGGAUGCGCAUCCGCCGCCGCGAGGGCGAGGGCGGCGGUCGCCGCACGAGUCGCCGACUCACCCCGAGAAGUGUCCGAGAUGCAGGCUCGGAGCGCGUCAAGGAGUCGGGCGUGAGCGGCGAGCAGAUGGUCGAGGCGAGAGCGAUCAACAAGUCGCUCUCCUCGCUCGGCGACGUGGCGGCGCUCGCCUCUGGCGCCAAGCACGUGCCGUUCCGCAACUCGAAGCUCACGCACCUGAUGCAGAACGCGCUCUCGGGCUCGCUCAAGACACUGCCGCGCCGCUCGUCCAAGACGCUCAUGUUCGUCAACAUCUCGCCGCUGGCAAAGCACUACAACGAGUCGGUCUCCUCGCUCCGCUUCGCCCAAAAGGUGAACGGCUGCCUCUCGAGCAACAAGCGCGGGCUGCCGGGCAAGUGAGAGGAGGGAAGGGAGGGGGGGGGGGGGGGGAUCCAUCCCGCCCGCGAGAGUAAAACCUCGCGGCGGAUCGGGCGCAACCAUGCGCAUGCCGGCCACGCGCGAGGCACAGGCAGCGGCCAGUGCGCCUCUCGCCGCGCCAUGGCAGUUAGUACAGCCUCCCACUCUACGCACGACGUGAGCCAUCGUCCGGCCGUCGUCGGCAUUUUGCGCGUACCGGCGGUACCGCGGCGAGGGGGCGAUCGUCCCAACGACAUGACAGUUCUUGCUGCUGCAUGAGCAUGUGCUCUGUGACUGCUGCGCGUGUCUCGUCUCUCGAGUUAUGGGGGAAUACACAAAUGAAACGGUCAAACUU